CCUCCUUCUCUCCUUCCCUCUCUCGCUCUUCCCCUUUUCUUUCAUCUCCCUCCUUGACUCCCCCCCCUGCCUCCCCUCCCCCUCUGCCGCGCCUCCCCUUCCCCGCGUCGUCGGUGCCCGGCGUGCUGGCCGCAAGUGCACGGCGGCGCCAGCGGAGGAGGAGGGCCACGGGGAGUGGACCAGCUGCGUCCCAUGGAGCUACGACAUGGACGCGGACUUCUCGUCUCCCGACCCGGACGCGGGAGCCAGGGCCAACGCAUCGGUGGCCGUCUGCGUGUUGGGCGCUCCCCGCAGCAUCCACGAGACUUACGCCAGCAUCCAGCGGUACGUGGUGAAAGCCGUUGCGGGCAACGCCUUCAUCUACGUGCCCUUUCCGAAGCUCCUGAGCCGCACGCUUGAGGGGCAGGUGUUGGAGAGGGGCUGGGCCGGGGGUCCCAAAGGGAGGGCCUCUCCCGAGGAGCGCCUGAACAGUGAGCUCUACGACCCGCGAAUUUCGGGCCUGUACACCCUCGCGCCCGGCCCCUGGCGCGCGCCGCUCUACGGGCAGAUGGGCAGCAGCAUGUGGGGCUACCACAACCAGCACGCGUGCCAGCGAAUGGUUACAGCUCACGAGGAGCAGCGAGGCCAGCUCUACGAGUGGGUGAUCUUCGCGAGGGCCGACAUGCUGUGGCUACACAAUCACCCGCCAAUCGGCGUCCUGGACCCCCGCUUCGUCUACGUGCCCUUCGGGCAGGACAACAGCUUCUACGCCAACGGCUCCGAGCCGGGCCUGAACGACCGGCACGCGGCCGUGCCCCGCGCGCUGGUGCCAGGCUACUUCGGGCGCUGGGACGCCCUCAGGUCCGGCCGGGCCUGGCCCGAGUACCUCGGCGGCGUCGCGGAGGCGGACGUGGAGAGCCCCCCCGGCAGUACCUCCUGCUCCACCUGCGCGCCAGCGGAGUGGAGGUGCGCAGGUUCCCUCCAGUGGCCUUCCUGGUGGCCUGCACGGAGGGCCCGCAGUGCCAGCACCUCUUCAAGGGUACUACUCUGCGCGACAGGAAGUGGGCGUUCUCCGCCAAGUACGUUAGCGAGUUGACCGAGGUGAGGCGUACAAUCCACGACGACCUCCUGGCGGUGAACCGGCCGAAGUACGACUGGAUCUGGUCGCCUCUGCGGCCUCACGCUCCUCUCCCUGGGCCUGAGGACGGGCCUGCAGACUUCUGGCAGCCCUGGGAGUUCUUCGGCCUCGACCUCGCCUGCUGCCUCUCGAGGGGCGGUCCCGUGUCCUGCCCGCGCUGGCACUUCCGCCGCCGAUGCCAGUGCUUGCCGUGACGGGGGAAGGGGGGCCGCGAGCGUGCCGCGACGCCGUGGGCGAGCGUGCCCGCCGCGCGGGGAGCGUGCCGCGGGCGUGCCGCGACGCCGCGCGGGGGAGUGCCGCCGCGGAA